AUGUCCGUGGGUGCCCUGAGUACAACUUUUACGCCACCCCCGUCGUGUACAACGCAAAGUAACGGCUGGUGGUACUAUGAUAGCUCCAAUCUGGGUGACUACCCUACGGUCACUACAACGGGCGCCGACAUCGAAUGGUAUCUGAGUCUUGGGCCAUCUAAAUGGGAUACUUGCUUUCCAUCGGGCUACAAGACCGGCUUGUCUUACUUCUCACCGGGUAUCUGCCCUGAUGGCUAUACCGCUGCGGGUCAAACAAGUCUCGCGAGUGAUAAUGCUGUCGUGACCGCCGCAACAUGCUGCCCCUAUGGCUACAAUGCGCAAACGGGCCAUGAUAACUACUGGUACUCAACAAACCAAUGCAGCUCAUCUAACACCGACACUGCUGCCGAAUAUACCUACACCCAAGGAGGUACCGUCACAUCCUACUCAGGCUCCUAUGGCGUAAACGCCAAGGGAAUCUCAAUUCGCUGGAAGUCAGAAGACUUCGCAACACAAACCUCGACAAUUUCCAGCACAAGUACAAACACCUCAACAAGCAAUGCAUCCAAUGGAUCCAGCUCAGGUGGGCUUUCAGCAGGUGCCAAAGCAGGCAUCGGUGUCGGUGUUGGCGUCGGGGUUCCUUUGCUGCUUGGUGUCCUGUAUCUGAUCUACCUGGUGAAAAGAAAUAUGGACAAGAAGGAAGCUGCUGCUGCUGUUUCGCCUCAAGGACAUGCUGUUCCACCAGCUUCUGAAACUGCCACUCAGCCAGGCUACAUGCCCGUUAACUAUGAUUAUGGGCAGCAAAACAUGUAUGCACCUUCAUACGAAAUGUCUUCCGAUGGCCAAAAGGAUACCCAGCCCCAGGAGAUGAGUACGUUUAGGCAAUGA